GAGACACAACUUCCACCAUACAGGAGAAAUAUGCAAGAUCCGUUGUGUGAUUCAAGCAUGCUUCCGUACCCAGAACCUUACCAGAGUAUGUAUCAGCGACGUCGACUUGGCGCUCUGGGAAUUGAGUGGCGUCCUUCAUCCAUAAAAUUUGCUAUUGGCACAGAUAUUGGGAUGGGCCCAGAGUUCCACAUAUUACCUUUGGCAGAUUUGGAUGUAGUACUUGAGCCACUCCCAGAUUAUGUGGAUGCUAUGUACUGGGAACCUGAAAAUGAUGGCAUGAACGAUGAUAAUGACUCAGAGUACAACAUUACUGAAGAAUAUUUUAGUGAUGAGCAAACUUGUCCUAGUGACAGCAAAUUGAGUGAUUCAGAUUGUAGUGAAGAAAAGGUUGAGUUGAUGACUUCUUCGGGUAGACGUGUUAAGAAGAGAAUUUCGGAUGAACAAGAGGGGACCUCAUCCAGAAGUAAAAGAUAUAAAAAAUCGAAAAGUGGUCAGAAGAACUCUAGAAGGAAGUCUACAAAAUCAAAGUCAUUGAGACCUCAGAGAGUUGCCGCACGUAAUGCAAUCCAUAACUUUUCGCAGAUAGAAGCUUCUGCAGACGAAGAAGAUGAAGAUUGCUCAGUAGGUGACUUGUCAGAUAGUGAGUCAUCCAUGGAAGGUUUAGCCAUUCAGAGAAGACAACGUGGUGACAACCUGCUGAAUGAGCAAAAUAUAUGUUCAACUUCUGAAAGGGUGUCUUCUGAUGGGUCUGAAGAUGUAGUCAAACCUCUUAAGCAUCCUGAUUCCCUGGUCAGUGUUGGAAGCAAGAAGAAAUUGGUUGUGAGAUUUUCACUUCAUCGUCGCACAACACCUGCACUUUCUGAGAACAAUGUAGGCAAAUUGAAGAGUCAAGGGAGUGUUGCAUCUUCAACUUUGAGUGGCUGCGAAGAAAAGCCGGAAGAAGACAGGGUUAAUCCUAGAUCAGGGGAUCUAGGUUCAUCUUCUGCAGGUGUGGUUGAUAAGGAAGAUUAUGGAAUUCAGCUCAGAGAUGUUGAAGAACGAACAGAAGUUGGCAAUGAGUUGGGGACAUCCACAAGUGGCCGUGAUGCCAAUGUGAGUUGGGGGAAGUUCAAAAUACGCAUGUCAAAUGGCACACAGUUGGGAGAUCUCGUGCCAAUGAAUGUGAAUGCUGUAAGACCUAAUGGAUGCUCGCUGAUAGAAGGUGAAGAUAAGCCUUCAUUAUCUGUCCUAACUCCUCAUCCGCAGUUGAACCAUGAUUCUUUUAACAAGCAAACUUUUGGGAUUGGGGAAAAAGACUUACCUGGUUCUGAUCUUCAUGGAUCUAAUAGCCUUACUGUUGACACAAAACACUCUCUCGUACCAGAGAACAAUUUGAGAAAGAAGUUAACUGUAAAAAUAAAAUCAAAGAAAUUUCCAGGGGACUCUCCUUCCUAUCUUCAAGGCAAGACCAAGUCAGAUGCCACCUCAGGUGCUGCAGGUGAGUCAACAUCUAAAAGGCCUUCUACUGUUGAGGAAAAACCAGUUUUUGGAGUGCCAAUGGCAGGCAAUGCUCCAGAUGAACCAAAUUGUAUGCCUCAAUUCCAUGUCAAUGGUGAUGAAGUUUAUGAAAGUGACCCAAAUGUCAGCUUCCAUGACCAAGAGACAGGAGCAGAAUCACCUGACAUGGCCACUGAUUCAGCUCGUAGAGCCAGAUCCUUUAGGUUGAAGGCUACAUCACGGGACACUAGUCGUUCAAACCGUAACUUGGAGACGGGUGCUGAAUAUCUACAACCAGGUACAUCAAGAAGUGCAGAGAAGUCCUCCAAGAAAGCCAUUGAUCAUUUCCCAGCAGAGGGAUCCAGACAUGCUGGAAGAUCUAGGUCUUCUAGGAACAAGAGAGAAAAUUACUAUAGGGGAGACAAGAGUUCUUUGAUUGAAAAAAACAUGCACCGUAUGCCAAAAAAAACAAAUUGGCUAUUGUUGUCAGAGCAGGAGGAUGGAUAUCGUUACAUCCCUCAGCUAGGAGAUGAAGUUGUGUACUUGCAACAGGGCCAUCAGGACUACUUAGAGUUGAGUAAGACAUCUCAACCUGGUCCUUGGCUAAGGUAUGGAGAUAAGAUUGGAGCUGUUGAAGUUUGUUUGGUUGAAGACCUCAA